AUGUCCGUUUGUCCGUCCGAAACUGCUGCGUCAGAUGCUGAACAAAUAUCAAAGUUACGCGCCUCUCAGUCCCCCAUCGCUAUUUCCCUGAGUCGUUGUCCUACAUGGUCAUCGCUAGACAAGCUGAAAUUUAAAGGUUAUUGGGACAAUAAUUCCAAUGGCGUACUCCUCAAUACAGGACAAACGGCAUAUUUCACGUUUGACUCACCAACGCGGCCCAUACUUAGCGGUGGUCCGUUGAUUGGGGAGUAUAUAUUUGAGCAGAUGCAUUUCCACUGGUCCGUCGACAAUUUCACCGGCUGCGAACACGUUCUUGACGGUCAGGGGUAUGCAGCAGAAUGCCAUCUAGUACAUUACAACAGCAAAUAUGACUCGAUGGAAGCGGCCGUAGCCAACCCUGAUGGCCUUGCAGUCGUGGGCUUCCUAUUGGAAGCAGUUGACGCACCUAAUCCCAGUUUCGACCGGUUCGUGGAGGCUCUGGACCAGAUCAAGAAGCAAGAUAAUGCGGUACAACUACCAUCAGCUUCAUUAGCUUGGAUGGACCGAGCGGAAGUAACGACUGGCAGUUACGUCACCUACAAGGGUUCGCUGACAACACCACCUUACACUGAGUGUGUAACUUGGAUCAUCUAUGAGAAACCGGUUCAAAUUGGCAGUGAACAGCUGGGCCUCUUAAGACAAUUGGAAGGCGCCGACAAAGUGCCAAUCGAGCGAAAUGUGAGACCCACACAAAGGCAUCCGCCCGGACAUUCCGUAAUCUAUGUGAAACAAGUCAAAUCGAAGCUGUGA